CUUCAGGUGCCGAGCGCUGGUAUAAAAGUGGCAGCGUUAUUCUUGUGUUUACUCUGCACUUGUACGGUUUUUAAAAUAACUUUUCCUUCACCUUUGAUCUAUCAAAUAAAAGUGCCAGUUCCCUCAUUUAUAAAUCAAGCCCACGUGUGAUCCCAAGGAUUUGCGUUAUUAAUCACAGUUCAACUAAACCUUUAGAAAAUACGGAGAAAAUGAUGGCCGCAGUGCAACAGAAUGGACGCCAAACACCUAGUUCUUACUCGACGCGAUCUCUCUUGGGCAUCACAACUCUUCUAGUGCUUUUGUUGGCAGUGCUGCCCAGUUACCCGUCAUCAGCCAUGUCCGCUUUAUCCAGCAAUCCCCAUUCCUUGUCCAAACGGUCUUUCUUUGAUAUCAACUGCAAGGGGCUCUACGACAAAAGCAUUUUCGCCCGCCUUGAUCGCAUUUGUCAAGACUGCUACAGCCUCUAUCGCGAACCUGAACUUCAUACACUUUGCAGGUCGGAAUGUUUUAGUACACCUUUUUUCAAGGCUUGCCUCAAAGUCUUGCUAAUGGAGGAUCAGGAUCCGGACUACUCGGAAAUGAUCGACAAAAUUGGCCGCUAACGCUACUAUCGAGAUAAUGUGCACGGACAGCGCUCCCCGUCUAUUAAAUCUUAUUAUUAUAUGUCUUAUUUAUUUGUAUUUCGUUAGCUGAAAUAAUUUUUUCUUCAAUUUUUUUUUGUAUUUUUGGCAACGCCCCCUUGUACUACGUGUCUCUUUUUUUUGCCAGUAUUUUUUUUUCUCGAGCUUGUUGCUUUGUGCGCGUGGUAAACGCACAAAAGGAAAAAUGGAUUUGGACAGUUGAAGAUGGAACAGUGCAAUUGAUACGUUCGCAACCCGUUUGUGUUGGUCGUCUUUCGUCAUAUCAUUUGGCUGCUUUAUUUUGCCCUCUCCCGCCCUUCCUUCUGUGCUGCUCCCGAAUGGGAAAACAAAAUGAAAUCUAGUCUAUUCUGAUUCAGAGUUCUAUAUAUUUGUCCAACGAUGGCUGCUAAUACGCGUAUAUAUAUUUAUAUGAAUCUCUCUCAUUGUCAGUGCAGGGAAAUAUAUAAACAUUCCCCCCUUCUUCUAUCUCUCUCUUCAGUGCAAUCUCCCACGGAGGAAGAACUUACCAUCACACAUUUUUUUAUUCCUCCGCCUCCAAAAAACAACAAAAAAAAAAUAGUUCCUACUUCCUAUACUUUAGUGAAAAAUCUCUAUACAAGAACAGGCCUACGUUUGCCAUGUCCAAUAUUUACACUUGAAUGCCUAUUGAGUCGGUCAUGUUUCUGGAUAUAUCAAAUAUACUAUUAAUCAAG